UAGAAAGCUGCUUACCCUAUUGGAAUCCACUGAAAUGGAACCCAAAUCUGUCUUUUCUCAGAUGGAGCAUAAUAUUGUUGCAGCAUAUUUGAUAAUGGCAGGAAUAUUAAGUCUGCUCAGCAACAUAGUGGUAUUAAUUAUGUUUGUUAAGUUCAAGGAGUUCCGCACAGCAACCAAUGCGGUAAUUGCGAACCUGGCUUUCACUGACAUUGGUGUGAGUGCAAUUGGCUACCCCAUGUCCGCUGCUUCGGAUCUGCAUGGUAGCUGGAAAUUUGGUUAUUCGGGAUGUCAGGCAUAUGCAGCUCUAAAUAUCUUUUUUGGGAUGGCAAGCAUUGGACUGCUUACAGUGGUUGCAAUUGACCGGUACCUAACCAUUAGUAAGCCUGAACUAGGAAGGAAGAUGACUGCUGCUACGUACUCAGCUCUCAUUAUAGUUGCCUGGGUGAAUGGCCUGUUCUGGGCUCUAAUGCCAGUACUUGGAUGGGCAAACUAUGCACCUGAUCCGACAGGAGCCACUUGUACCAUUAACUGGAGAAACAAUGACUCGCUAUUUGUUUCCUAUACAAUGACUGUAUUUGCGGCUAAUUUUGUGGUGCCGCUAUCGAUUAUGUUCUUUUGUUACUACAAUGUGUCAAAAACUAUGAAACAAUUUGCGCAACACAGUGGUCUGGAAAAUAUAACCUUGGAUUGGUCUGAGCAACUAGAUGUUACAAAGAUGUCUGUGGUGAUGAUUGUGAUGUUCCUUGUGGCUUGGUCUCCCUACUCUGUUGUCUGCUUAUGGUCAUCCUUUGGGAAUCCAAAACUCAUCCCACCUGCAAUGGCAAUUAUUGCUCCACUUUUUGCCAAAUCUUCGACUUUCUACAAUCCCUGCAUCUAUGUCAUUGCAAAUAAGAAAUUUCGAAGAGCCAUCUUUACGAUGAUACGCUGUCAGACUCAACAGGAUUUAACUAUCACCCACACUUUACCAAUGACCAUCUCCCAGACCCCUUUAGCAGAUUGAAACUCUUCAAAGCCUGCAUCAUUGUGCUGUGUGAUAAGUGUCAUCUAUCAUUGCCCUCAUCAGUUAGGCUUCUGUUUUGUCCUCUAGUGAUGUUAAUGUUACUUUUUAUUUUCAACUGGAUUUCAGUGUAUUGCAAAAACAUUACAGGAUGGAAUUUCUGUGCAUCCCUUUAUUUAAUGCCUUCCAUCUGCAUGUGAUGUUUAUAGGAUGGUGUAGAAAGUUUUGCUACAUGAUGCACUCUCCUAAAGCUUUUGUGCAAUACAGACCUGUCUAAGUUAUUUCAAGUGAAUUUAUCUGUUUGCUGUAUAUUCUCUGUAAUGCCUAAAGCUGAAAAGGGAGUUAAUCUUCAUUUUUGGAUCAUAGUUUCAAUUUUGUCACAUUUCACCAUUUUUCCUUAGAAAUAUUAUUGCAGCAUUUGGUUGAUUUCUUUGUUCUCCAUUACUCUUAACUAUAAAAAUCUUUGAAGUCCAAAACCUUUGCAUCAGUUAUUUUAUUCUAAUAUAUUUGAAAGUAUUUCAUUUGUUAUUUCUUUAUGAUGACAACUUGUGUAGUUUCCCUUCUUACCCUUUCCACCUGCCCAUGAUCAGAUCUCUGUAAUUUUCAACCCCUGCAUUUCUUUUAGGAGUACGGGAAUGAGCAAGGAACUUUGAUUCAUUGAUUCUUCACAAUUGUUUAUUUUAAAAUUUAAACUAAGAUGCAGAGUUUUGAAACUGAUUGAAGAGCUGAGAAGCAAAGCAGAGAUUAAAGAGACUCAAUGAAAAGAGAGGGAGAAAUAGAUACUUUAUUGAUCCCAAAGGCUCCUCUGUUCAGCCAAGGUGACAUGCAGAGGGUGAGAAACAUUGUCCAGAAUUGCCAGGAUUUUCCGUAGGAUCCUGUGUUCUACCACAGCCUCCAGUGAGUCCAGUUCCACUCCAAUAACAGAGCCAGCCUUUCUGAUUAGCUUUUUGAGCCUGUUGGCAUCACCCGUGUUGAUGCCAUUGACCUAGCACACCACUGUCUUGAAGGUUGUACUAGUUACAACUAACUGGUAGAAUAUGUGAAGGAAAGGCCUGCAUACUCCGAAGGACCUCAGUCUCCUCAGGAAGUAGAGGCGACUCUGGACCUUUUCAUACACAGCCUCUGUGUUGGUGCUCCACUCAAGUCUGUCAUCUAGGUGCAGCCCCAAGUACUUGUAAGCUCUCACCAUCAAUAGUAACAGGGAACAGUGCAGGCUUAGUCUUCCUGAAGUCCAUCACCACCUCCUUUGUCUUACUGAUGUUGAUGGCACUUUUAAAAAAUCUAUCACCUUUAUAAUAUAGAUAACAGAAUCCAAUCAAAAGGUUAUAUAAUCAAAACAAUUAUAGCAUGUGUGUAAUCUGUAAUCUUAGCCAAUUAACAAAUGCAAAGGUAUUUGUAACUGCUAUACUGUCUUCUGCUAGUAAGUGGGGAUGAACCACGUACUGCGAAAAAUACCUGAGUUUGUUAAAGAUGCAAAUUAUGGCAGUAAAAACUAUGAUUAAAACUAUGAUUUUAGUCUUGCAUUAAUCCAAUUAAUAGCUCAUAAAACGUAUAUAAAAACAACCAUAUAAACAUUCCAACACCAUAGAUUUCAUCAUCCUGCUCCUUUCUUCAAUGUGUCAAAAUAUCCACAUCUUCUUCCUAACAUCUUCUGUAACUUCUGUAGU